AUGAGCCGUGCUUUUAUUCAGGCUUCGGCGCUGAAGCCCGAUAUACGUCUUGCACAAGCUGUCUCUGAAUUUCAGGCUGAUCUUUCGAGCGAGGAGAAAGCCAAGUUCCAAUCUCAGAGAUCGCAAUUUGCGGCAGCAUCACCAGUGUUGGACGAUGUCAUGCGAGUAACAGCCGAAGUCAAUCGGCAAACAUCAAGGAAAUUAGGCGGUCAAUGUUUUGGGACUCGUUUCACAAACUUCAUGCAUCUAGUCCAACAAUUUGCAGCGAUUGGAGACGUUGUGGUUGGAGGGAGCCAGAACCUGAUAGCGUGCGGCGUCUGGGCGUUGGUGCGCAUGUCAAUACUCUCGAUUGCUAGUGCGUCAACAUAUGCAGACAAGCUGUCUUCGCUGUUCAUGGACAUCGGUCGCUCUGCCCCACGAAAUCAAGCCAUGGCCCUGCUUUAUCCUCGAUCUCGAAAGCUGCAAUCGUACCUCGCCGAGUACUUUGUGGUGGCGGUCAACCUAUGCCGGUAUAUAUAUAAGUUUGGACAGAAAGCCUUCUAUCAGCAAUUUGUCUCAGCAAUGAGCGAUGCAAAGUUGCAAGCUUUUCGCGGCGAACUUAACCAGUGGGCAAAUUCAAUCAAAGAUGAGGUGUCUCUACUCGAGAAACAAGAAGACGCGGGGAGCAGAGCCUUGUCCAGGAAAAUAUUCAAAGACGCAUCGUACCAGCGAAAGAUUGCCACAAGUCUACGUGUCCUUGAUUUAUGCUCCACCUACGACCAUCAGACAGCCUGGAAGCAAAUUCGAAAGGCUGGAAAUACCUCCUUCUUCAUGCAACUCUUGGAGUAUCAAUCAUGGAGAGACUGCGCCGAAUCUUGCACCCUCAUGUGCACAGGCCAGCUAGGGUCAGGCAAGUCGGUAAUGUUAGCCAAUAUUAUCGAUGACCUCACCCUCACCGUUAGCAAAGAACGCUGUGUGGUAACAUACUUCUUUUGCAGAUACGAUGUUCCGGAGAGCCUGAAAGCACGAACAAUCUUCGGUUCUUUGGCACGACAGAUGCUCUCCGCUCUGCCAGAUCUUGUUGAAUUGGCUGAAAGCUAUGACAUCACGAGACUGACCAGCAAUGUCGAAGAUAUUGUCGAACUCGUCGAACGCGGCUUCCCCUCUUCCUACAAGUCAUAUGUUGUCCUAGACGGACUGGAUGAAUGUGGCGAUACAGAAAGGGAAAUUGUCCUCGCACAAUUACAGAGAAUUCAAAAGAAGUUCAAGGUUCUGGUUUGCGCUUCCUGUAGGAAAGAGCCGAAUGAUACUCUGCGGUCUACCACUCAAGCACUAGUGGCAAGCCGCGUCCUCUCGAUGCCCGACAACAAUCCAGACAUUGAGAGCUUCAUCGACAUGGACCUGGAGCGUUGUCUUGCCCAAAACCGAUUAGUGAUAGGAGACCCGGCAUUGAUACUCGAAAUCCAGGAUGCUCUCAUGAAAGGUUCGCAAGGGAUGUUUCUCUGGGUGGCCCUCCAGAUUCAGUCUCUAUGCGACAUGAAGACGGAUCAAUCGAUCCGAGACGCACUGGCAGACCUGCCUAAGGAUCUAUCGGAAACCUUUAGGCGAAUUCUACGAAAGUCGGGAGGCAAGAACCAGUCACUACAAGACAAAACCUUACGACUUGUGCUAGCGGCUCACAGGCCCCUUACGACUGAGGAAUUGCGUGAAGCGCUCAGCGUUACUCCGGGAGACGCAACAUGGGAUCCCGCCAAAGUAUUGAAUGACGUCCAUUCAGCAUUGGCUUGCUGUGGCUGCCUCCUCACAAUCGAUGAAGAGGAGCUGACUGUUCGAAUUGUUCAUCACAGCUUCAGGCAAUUUAUGCUUGACGGGUUCGACGUGUCAACGAAUCGGCAUUUCACGUUCUAUGAUGCACAGAAUACGAUGGCAGAUAUUAUCGUCACCUAUCUGGGGUACAAUAUCUUCGAAACGCAAAUAUCCACGACGACGAUCCGUCCAAUCGCGAUGCAAUCAGCGCCGUUGAAGGUCAUUCAUGCUACCAUGGAUCCCUCGAGCACGAUGAGUCACCUCGCCUUAAAAUUACUCAAGUCUAGGAAGCAGCCCAAAUUCGAUAUGACCCAAGCUCUUGCGGAAGCACGCAGCGCGUUCGAACGCAAAUCAGAGAGCGCAUUCAAGUUCUAUGAGUAUGCAAGAUCACACUGGCAAGACCACAUUCUAUUCUUGUCAGGACAGAAAAGUCCUAUUCUCACGCUGGCUGAAUCGAUGAUGUUCCGAAUGCCUAAGCUAGAG